UACUCUCCUACAUACAGUGGGACUAGGGGCGGACUGACAACUCAUGGGGCCCCCAGGCAAUAGGGGAUCAUGGGGCCCCUGUGUCCUUGCCCAAACUCAAAAAAGCCUAUAAAAAAAGGUACCAGGGGCAUCUCAUGGGGCCCCCUAUUGACCCCGGGCAUGGGGUGCAGUGCCCGAGUUUCCAAAUGGUCAGUCCGCCCCUGAGUGGGACCAUGGUGAGCAAAAGUAGCCACCCUCUAACAGGAAGUUAUAGCAGCAAAAAAAAUUGGACAUUUGGUGUAUCUAAGAGCAAAAGAAGGGACUUUUAUGAGUUAUAAAUACAUACUUUAAUAGAUUUUUUAUUU